CAUGCGGUUUCUUCACCCGGGGAAAUCUAUGAAUAUGUGUAGGGGGUCUUGUUUAUUUAUUUUUUUGGGGAAAUGUAUAAUUUUUUGAGGUAAGUUCGUGCACCGGAAGUGCCGGAAGUUUGGCAAACUAAAGGAUAUAACGGAGCAAAAGGGCAUUUUGCUAAUUGCUUCAUUAAAUGUUUGCCUAAUUUCGUUCGAAUUAGCUGUGUGUCCAGCAGUGCCUCACGCACACCAACACACUACUGAUAGACACACACACACACAGAGGCACGCACAGCAUCUUAUUUGUGCUUAAUGACUGCCACUCGAAAUACCCAUUAAACCACCCAACCACCCAUUAGUCUGCCAUCAUUAGGUGAAUCUCUUUUUCUCGAUUUGCGCUCAACUGUUGUAACUGUUGCAGUUCAUCUCCUGAAAAUGUAAGGAAAUCGACGAAAAGCCUAGCUUCGGAUAGAGCUUUUCACUCUCCUACAAGAGAAAUUAGAACCCACCAUACUUGAUGCCAAUAAGAGAGCAAAUUAAGAGAGCGUGAUGACCGAAGAGAACGAUUUGAAAAACGUAGGGCGAGGGGUUUGUUUUGUUUUCGGCUUAUGCGAUUGUUUUAAAUGGUUUUAAACUUUUGAAUCUUAAGUACUACCUAGGGCAUGGAAAAAAAAAGAAAAAAAAGGAAAUUUAAUAUGUUUAAUAAUACAUAUAGUACAUAAACUAACAUAUCUUAUAAUUCAUAAGGAAAAACUCGAAAAAAAAAAUAGAAAUCGAUCUGGAUUUAGUUUGUUUCUUUUCAAAAACAACUUUGUACAUAUCUCAGAAGAAAUCGCAGAAGCGCUAUUAAGCCGGCUAAACGUGAUCGCAAUGCUUAGUCUUAGUCGCGAUUUUCCAGCGAUUUUCACCUAAUCAAAACACCAGAGCUUUUGCUUUUUCACCACAGCGUUGCAAAGAAGCGAGGAAAAACAUAGAGAGUUCGAGAGCAAGAGAUGAAAUGCCGAAGAAGAGAUUUUCCGAUGCAAAUGCCAUUCGGCUUUCCUCGCGACAUUGGUAUUAGUGCACACAAACAUGCAUACAUAUACGCACACACACACACACACAUAGGCACACAAGGCGGAUGCUGACUGUUUGCAAAAAAGAAAAUGGAACAGAAAGCACAACAACACAAUGUUGCCCGCCAUCUCUCCGUGUGUGUUUGUGUGUGUGCGUGCGUGUAUGUGUGUGAGUGUUACUUGUGCGUUAGUGUGCGUGCUCGUUUCUGCUCGGCAAAACGAACGCUCGUCUGCAGCACUUAUCUUCAUGGGAUAAAUCUCGCUGCUGGCCGCCGCAGUCUGUUUUCUAUACGGGCGUAAAGCGGUCGUCGAGCACGGUUAACAGAAAAAAAUACAAACAAACAACAAAAAACAAACACCCCAACCAAAAAACAACAACAAAGAUAACGAAGAAAUAACGCAAAUCAACGAAAUAUCAAAAAUAAAAAAACCUUAAAUAUUUGGCGAAAAUAAAGUAAUAAUAAUACCAUUAAAAAAAAGAGAAAUAAAGACGAAUUAGAACAAGCGGCAAAUGCAGCAAAGAAGCGAAAGGAGUUAGAUAAACUUAGCCAAGGAUAAACCCCUAGACAAGAUAAAAAGAGAAAAAAAAAAAACCAAAAAGCCGAGAAAAAACGUCGACACAAAAGAGAAGCCAAAUGAGGGAAAAUGAAGUGCCAAAGUGUUGAAAAUAAAGCGAAAGCCAAGAGACGAAAUUGAAAUCGAGUAUAAAAGGUUUUUCCGUUCAGUUUUAAUCGGUAUCGCGCGUUCACUUCCGUUCCGUUUCGUUACGUUUUGUUUGGCUACGAUCUGCGUUCGCCUUAGCCCAGCCGUUUCCGUUUCCGUUCCGUUCCGUUUCGUUCCGUUUCCGCUCGGCAAACAUUUAAAUGGCUACCAGCUGCUGCUUAUGAUGGAGACAUUCCUCGUCCUGGGCCUGUGUUUCAUCCUGUACGAGGCAUUGGAUUUCUUUCAGGGCUGCAUCCACAGUAAUACCCCAUCGCCCAGCGAUCAAAUCGAAGCCUAUCGCCGCGAACUCGACGAACAGCGCCAGCAGCAGCAGCAGGAACAAUUCCUGGCGGGAUUGACGCCGUUGCUAGGCGCUCAAUUUGCCGCUGCCGCCGCCGCCGCGGCCGCUGCCGCCGGUUCGCAGUCGACGUUGGGCAGCACGACCACGCCCACCGCCUCCACGGCCAGCGUUAUAAGUGAUUCAUACGAUCAGGAAUCGCAAUCGCAAUCUCAGUCGCAGUCCCAAUCGCAAUCCAAUCAAAAUCAACAGCAUUCGCUAAGCACGCCUGGCCUGUUUCGUCCCGCCGCCUUGGGCUACUACGAUCCGGAGGAUCCGUUGCAUGCCACAAACUCCCUACCGCGCGACUUUUACUAUCUGCAGCAGCAGCAGCUGAAGAACAAGGUCAGCUCAAGAUCGCUACUCUCCAAGUUCUCAUCGACCAACUCGGAUAAUCGCAUACAUCCGGAGGCUGGAGCCGGUUCAGGCCAUCAUCACAGUGUCCUGGGAGCAGCGUCUGUUAUAACAAGUCAACCCUUACCAUCUGGCGGUGAGAUACCAUCCAGUCUCUUCGAUCAGCCGGGACAACCGGCUGUGGUGGUGCCACCACUGCAACUGCAACCCUCAUCACCACUAUUUGUGGAGCUUAAAAGGGCAAUUAUAAGUCAGAAUCAGAGAUCCCAACCGAUAAAGUAUCAGGCGAGAGAAUCAAUCGAAGAGCCACAGUGCCCUCAGUGCGAGGAAGAGCAGAUACAGUAUUUGGCAGAGACUUUGGACGAUCUUGCCGAAUCCGAAGAUCAACAGUAUUCGCCAGCCGAAGAAGAGGACGACGACGAAGAGGAGGAGGAGGAGGAGCAGAACGAAGAGCAGGAGGAUCGCGAGGAGCAGCAUCCCUACGUGGGAGGCGCAACCAGUGAGCCGGAUAUUUGUGCCGCCACACGACAACAGCUAACCAGGAUUCAUCACAUCGCCAUUGACGACAUCGCCACCGGACAGGAGCAUCAUCAUCAUCAUCACCACCAUCUCAGCAUUUCGGGACAGGCAACGUCGUUGGGCGCCAAUUCUCACGCAGACUUCAGGGAAAUCGAGUGCGAGCGACUGCGACGCAAGUGCGUUAGCGUUAAGCGCAUCUAUAGCAUAUCGGAAAAGUUCUAAUUCAGAUUCAGAUCAGAUCACUACUCAAAACUCAAUUCGAUAUCUCAGCUCUCAUACCUGUACAGCCCUUCACCAUAUUGCACUUCAAUCGAUCAAUAUCUAUGUAUACCGAAACAAAAAUACAAAAUCAAUCAAAAUCGAGAAUCGAAAAUCGCCAAAUCAAAAAUCGAAGCCAAAUCAAAUCGAAAUAAAUGCAAAAUCAGUUUUCAAAUUCCGCUCACCAACAAUCGAACCAAAUGCAACCAAAAUCACAAAAUUGCCCAAAGCGAAACACCCCACACAAGUUGAGUAAGAUGUGCGCUACAGACAGACUAAGAAAAACAAUAAACACGACAAGAAAAACCAAACAACUCGAGUGCUAUUAAACGACAAAACAUAACAAAACAACAAGAAAUUAAUAAAUUAAAAUACAUCCCAAAAAAAA